AUGUCAAGACAGUUUCGGAAUUUGAAAACUCACUUGUUUGACCACCUUCAAACUCCAACCCACCUCGAGAAACAAAAAGAGAUUACAGAUGUUGAGACUGGAAAGCAAGAGUUUGAAUCAAGAAACAGGAAGGUUGGUAUGAGAUGUGCCCGUACAAGCUAUUUACUUUAUAAGACUGCUAGGCCGUAUAGUGAGUACGAACAGCUUGUUACUUUAGAAAGUCACAAUGGCUGUGAUAUGGGUAACAUCAACCAUUCACGUAAGUUCCCUGCUCAAAUUUUGCCAUUCAUCGCAGAUGAGACGAAGGCACGUGUUAAAAAAUUCUUAUGUACACCUCUUGUACAGACUGGUUUUCUUCCUCCUGUUAAAGUUAUUGCUGACAAGGAUACAAAGAAGCAUCGUACAAGACAGGUAGUUCUUUUGGUUACGAUUGUACCUGAUGCCGCAGAGUUGAUACAGUACAUCUAUCUUGACCAUCCGAUUGUAAAGAAACACACUGGGAAGGACGUUGCUGCAUCAAUAACAAAUGUUCUUCAAAACUAUAUUGUUGCUGGACAGUUUGAAGGUGGUGGAUUUGAUGGUCAGUAUUUUCAUCUUGGCGUUCCAAAAUAUGUCAACGCACAUUAUGAGAUUGACUAUUCAGAUACGUACUAUGACUGGGACGUUCUUCAUUGCUGUGGCCUUGUUGACACUCGUCUUCGAAAACUUGAGCAGUUCCAGUGGCUUUCCAACAUCACCAACACUGUUUCCUCUAUUUUCAAAUUGUUCAACUGGGGGAAAGGUUACGAGGAGCUAGUUGAAGCAUGUGAUCGUUUGAAAUUAGCUAUACAGAAUCCACAGUUCUUUUGUGAAACGAGGUUUGCCAAUUCUGUACGGAAAGUCUAUGGAAACUUUUUGGCUGAUCUAUCAGCCAUCAUUGCCUGCCUGGAGAAUACGAAAUUUGAGAUGCAUGACGGUGAUGCGAGCGCAAGAGAGAAGGCCCAGCAAGCGGAGCAGUAUCAAGUGAAAAUCCAGAACAAGAGUUUUUGUCUGCUUCUUUCUGGAUUGGCGGAUAUCUAUGAACAAUAUGGGGUCUUGGUCUCAGAAGUUCAAAAAGUGAACCUACUACCAUUUCAGCGAUUUGACAAGUUUACAGAUCACAUGGAGAAAAUGAAGAAAAUGGUCAAGUGCCUUUCAGAUCACAACAACUGCGGGAAGGACAAAUGCUUCUGGCCACAUUAUCACAAGAACAAACCAGGCAUUCUUAACGGCCAGUUUGUUGGCACUCAGAUUAUAGAGGAUCACGAAGAACAGCAUGUUCAUAACACGAGGAGAGCCCGGCAACAAGAAGCAGAUAAUGCCACCACAAGCCCCGUCAUGGCCGCGGAAAGGAAACUCGCUGACUUGACAACCCAACUUGUGAAAGGUUUCAGGGAAGACGUUUAUAGCGAAGAUGCCUUGGAAAUGGUUGAAAGUACAAGAUUUUUGACUGAUCUGAAAUCCUUAGCCAUGCAGAUUCGAGAGAAAGGACAUAUUUUAUUAGGUGUUCUUAAUGCCGACAAGUUUGUUCGAAUCGCCAAGAAAAUCUCGCGAAACGUCCGCGUUGUGAAUAACCAAGAGAUAGUUCGACAAUACAAGAUUUUCGUACGAAGACUGGCAUCAAAAACAGAAGCAAUAGCAAUACCAGAGUUGCAAAAGAUGGAUAGCAAGGAUUUAAUAAAAAAAUUCCUGACCAGUGGCGGUGAACUAUACGUUGGUUGUGAGAUGGUAGUUGAAGCAAUAGUUGUUGCAGCAAUCAAAAUGACUGUUGAGUCUAUUGCUGAAUCAGUUAUUUCGCGCUACAAUACGCACAACAGUAAACUAAGAAGUAUGUCCGAGGAAGCUGUGAACAAUGAGCUGUGGAUUGCCUGCAACGGCCCAGAGCUUGGUGGUGCUGAUCGCAUCUUAUCUUCAGCCUUGUCAAAGUAUUUCAGGCAUGGAAACUGGCAUUUUGUAACAAGAAAAGGAGAGCAGAGUAAACUUUAUAACAGCAAAGUUAUAAACAGAAUCAUCUCACAAGAAUCGAGAUUGCCCUUCGUUACACAAUAG